GAUGGAACGGAAAUCGAGAUCUUCGAGCUGAUGAUGCAAGUCUACCAGCCACCUCCGGGCGACUUGUUGGGGAACUUCAAGCUCCCAGUCUUUGCAGCAGCGAUGAUUCUGGUCAUGGGUGGAUAUCAGUUUGUCAAGCAGAAAGGCCCUUUCGACCCUGGAGCUGCUGCUGCCUCGGCUCAAGUGUGCCAGGCAGAAUUUGCAGCCAUGGGGUCCGCGUGUUCCGUUGCGGUUGCAGGAGCAGUAAAAUCCUGCUCCCUCGAUGACCUCCAGACUGCAAUGGAGCAUCUCAGCAAAGAGUCGCGCAGCAAGCUCGUAACAGCACUGGGAAAACCUGGAAGCUCAAUCAAAGCUUUGCCCGUCACAAGCCCGGCUGCCAUCUUGACUGGAUUUUGGAGACAGAAAUUAGGGCAAGAAGGAUCUGCUCAUAUUCCUAUCGUAAAAGCGGCAGACAUUGCCAUCGUUUCCCGGUCGGAGAAGAAGUUCGACGGAAAGGGUGGGCAUGAGCCUUGGUUUGGACCUACGGCUUUCACGAUCUUUGGAGAGCGGUGGACACUAGACAACUUCCUGGGAGCCGGGGCUUUCGGACAGUCUUAUUUGGCAACCCACGAACCUACGGGGCAUCGCUAUGUUCUGAAGUUCCUCUCGCGGGAUAACGACCGCGAGCUCAGCUUUCUUCGACAAGCGCCAUUUCAGGUCUUUCAACAUCCGAAUGUGAUCAGCUAUGUCGGCAUCGCCACACACAUCGGUCGCGGGUCUUCGUCAUGGGACCCCGCCAGACACAUCGUCGUCAUGGAGGCUAUUCCCAACGGUGAGUUGUUUGACUUGAUCGCUGCUGAGGCUGCGGCAUUGAGUGACGGGACAAUGCGGCGCUUAGUGCACGACAUCAUCAAUGGGAUGUCGGAGUUGUGCAAAUGUGGCAUCACCCACAGAGACCUCAAGCCGGACAACCUCCUUAUCGACGAGAACGGUCACGUUGUCAUUAUCGACCUGGGCUGUGCAAACCUCAUCCACUGGCUUCAAGAAGAAACCCAAGAGCACAAUGAAGAGAGGUCAACAUCACCAGUUCUCAAAACGCAAAGCUCCAAGUUCAUGAGAGAACAAACCGCGGCCGUUGGGACAGACCUGUAUCAUGCACCUGAAUAUGGACAGAAAAUGUACGAUAGUGAGAAAGCUGAUGUAUUCACUGUCGGGAUAUUGGUUUUCCUCUUGAAGCAGCCCAUCCCGCCUUUCCACCCAUAUUUCGGAGGCUUGAAAGUCCUCACAGACGAGGGGGCCAGUUCAAAAUGGUGGGACCGCAAGGAAUUUCAGCAGUUUGCCGAGGCUUCUGAGCUCAAAGCUCUUAUCAACUGUUUAUGGGCACGAAGCCCAGAGAAACGUCCAACAUUUCAGCAGCUUCAGGCUGCCAUGGCAGGUGACGAAGACGUUCUCAAACACUUUCCUGCUUUGGCCUGGUUGUCUGGAGACUUAUCAGGGCCGCUGGACUUUGUGCGAGAGCUUCGCGAGCGGCGCCCAAACCUGUCGCUGAAGUGCACUGGUGUGGUGGAGGCACUGGCCUUGUACGUUCGGAACUUCAGCAAUGCAGAGGAUGCAUUCCGUUCGGCAAAUGCUAGCAAUAGUGGACGCCUUUCAGCUGCUGAGCUCACGAGGAGUUUACAAGACGAAAAUUCAACGAUCACUCCCGAAGGAGUGGCGGAACUCAUGCGCCGCUACAUGUCCCGUGAAGCUCACGACAUGUCUCUGGAUCAGUUCAAGGUUAUGGCAAAAGCCUGGGAAUUCGGAGGCAGACCGAUCGUGCAUGAUGUUGGACGGAUGAACUCACGGCACUUCGCUUUUUCUCCUCGGGACGGUGGUGCAGAAAAAGAGGAAAUUGCAGCAUUCACAUCAAGUAUUUCCGAUGCAUUCAGUGCAGCCGGGUACAGAGUGGAAAAGGUGUCGAACGUCAUUGAUGCAAAGAACUUCGAGAACUCCGCUGCAUUCACCGUCACAAUGGGCAGGGGCACUGAACUCUGCCAGCUUCGCAUCAGUACCUUUACCAUGGACCACAAGCUCGUGGUACAGAGUCGACGGCUGUGGGGCUCGUCUGUGGAAGAGCUGUUGAUGCUGCAGCAGAUGAACAACGACUUGGUGAAGACUUGGGGCGCCCGUGUUCAGCCUCCAGCAGACUUGCUGAAGGAGAUGGCUGACGUCUUGAUGUUCACGCGGGUGGGCUUGUCGGAGGUAUGCUGUCUUGGGUGA